CCGUUUUUUUGGUGUAUUUUUAGCAAUAUCGCGUAUAAAUACUUCAUCGCGGAGAUACGUUAUUUUAAUGUACCGAUGAGUACCGAUCGCAUCGAGAAUGAGCAAGGGCUGCUGGAAAUUCGACGAGGAGGACAAAGCCUUGUAUAUAGACCUGGAGGAGGAGGACACGGAGGAGGAUAAGCAAUGCAAGGUGUACAGCUCCUGGGAUCAGACUCCCGAUAUACUAUUGGAGGAGAUAUUUUCGUACUUGACUAUUCGCGAGCGUUACUAUGCGUCCCUGGUGUGCCGCUCGUGGUAUCGUGCCUUCAAGCUGCAGAAUGUAUGGUCCACGUUUACCCUGGAAGACACUACCCUCACAAGGGGGAAGUUCAAUUAUUACAGCGGCUGGCAGUACGUUCUGGAUCACAUGAGGACUUCCACCUGCCUGAACAAGGUCGGCAGGAACUUUCGCUCGCUCAUAUUUGAGCCAAUGCUGAAUUUUUAUAAUCUCUACGAGUUCAUGAACAUGAUAUCGUGGUACGCCGAGCAACAAGGAUUAGACAAUACAUCCGUGGCCGGCGUGGGUACCUACAUUCGUAGGCUGAAAUUCACCUUCCCCUGCAAUAUGGCAAACAGAAACGAUCCUGAUCGGAUCAGAUUGUUUGGCACGGGUGGGAAGUUACUCGAAGCGCUGAAGAGACUCAUGAGAAACCUGCAGAAUCUUAGGUACCUGGAACUGAUAGAUCUAAUGCUCGAUAGCAAGGAGGCGGUGUAUUUGAUGGACGACAUUUGUACGAAUUGUACUCAGACCUUGUCAAAAUUGGUGCUGAUAAAUACCACCCGUUACAAUUGCCCCUUGUUACACGUAGGAGUAUUCGUUAAUUUAAAUAUCUUAGUAAUUAGUCCGCAAAAUUUACACGAGGAUAUAAUAGAACUGAUAGGCUACACGAAAUUAAGGCACCUUCACAUCUUACAAAAUCGGUACAGUCCAAAGGACACAACCAUCAGAUUGCCAAAGAGAUCGUCUUGGGUAAAAAUGAAGAUGAAUAAUCCAUACUUGAAAGUGCACUUUGAGAUAGAGAGUCACAAGUCUACAGAUAUUCUCUUGCCUAUCGACUUGUUGGAACAUAGCGCCAUUCCCUGUCAUAGUAUAGUACUAGAUAAUCCAAAUACGCAGAUUUCACCACCCACGAUACUCACUCACGGGACGUUUUUCGACUCGACGAUACGAGUGUACGCUUUCAAGGGAUUAACGAGGUACUACCUGCAUAGGAACUUUGCAAAGAGAUUGGACGAGUCAUUAGUACAAUUCUGCCGAAUGUGCCCGAAUCUACAUACACUGAUGAUCCGAGAUAAGAUAUCAACGGCUACUAUUUUAGAGAUUGUAUCUACCGCGAAGCGUUUGUGUUGCUUGUACGUUCGGCGAAACGUAAUUUUAAAGAGAUGUGACAGAGUUUGGUCGACAAUCCUCGAUUGGUCGCCUGAGUACUACGAAUGGAUUAAGAUAAAUAGUCGUAGUUACGAGAAAACCGAGAAAGAGGUGUCGAGGAUACUGGGUUACCGAUGGCACAUGUUGUCGGAGAAAGAGUUUAAAGAGCAGGUGAUCAACAUGCAUAUAUAACUUAUAAAAAUGAUUGUCUGCAAAUAUAUACCGAAAAAGAUUUAAAUGUAUUUAAUUGAAAAUUUAUUUCACUUUACGAUAUCGUGAUUGCUGUACAAUGUUCUUUAAUUAAAGCGACUGUGAUCAACAUUUCUAACCGUGAAAGAUAGCAGGAUAUAUUAAACAUGUUGGACUGUUCUAUAGAAAAAGUUGUAUGAUGUAACAGUAAUAAAAAAUAGGAAGAAACG